UUUGCGUAGUCACCUCGGUUGCUGUGGAUACCGUUGAGUCCGGAAGUGGCCGGGUGGGCAACAUCUUCUAGGAACAUGGCUGUGCAGAGCUGGAUUGAUACCCUAAAAUCAUCUAAGAAAACAGCAUUAAUACACGACGGAAAAAGGAAGAUCCACUACCUUUUCACAGAUGGAAAAGAAAUGGCAGAAGAGUAUGACUUGCAAACAGAUGAGCUCAUCGUCCGAAAGUGGCGAAAUAAAAGCACACUUGGAGCCCAGGGCACAUGGCAGGUGGAGGUUGGGGAGCCACUUGCAGGCCCUGUAACUUCUUUGGAUUCGGAGGUGAUCAAGGAGAAUUGCUCCAACCCUCUGUUCAUGCGUAAAGACACAAAGACCAGCUUUCAGUGGAGAAUACGCAACCUUCCCUACCCCAAAGAUGUCUUCAGUGUUUCGGUGGAGCCAUCUGAGCGAUGCAUCAUCAUAAAAACCUCAAACAAAAAGUAUUAUAAGAAGUUCCCUGUUGUUGAUUUAGAUCGCAGUCAGCUCCCAUUGGACGGCUCUGCCCUCAGCUUCACUCACGCCAACAACACUUUAAUUGUCAGCUACAAGAAACCCAAGGAGAUCUUAACCCUUGAACAGGAGCUAAUGAAGGAGCUGAAGAAACUGAAGGGGACGGGUGACGGGGACGUCGACUGCAAAACUCAAUGAAUUCUGACUGUGGGAGCGAGGGAAUCAUUCUGUGUUGCAUUUAAAGCAGAGCCUCGCUGCUCGGAGCGUUCAUGCAUUUUUCUUCAGUGGAUCCCAUCAUUGAGAAGACCUUUGCACAGUGCCUUGUUAAUGGUUUAACGCUUCUACAUGUGUCUACUAAUUGGGCUCCAUUUAUUAGAGUUGCUAUUGUUGUAAUUUGUCUCGACAUUUAUAUUUGAUACAGACAAAUAUAUUGUUCUGCAGUCUCACAAUAAGAUUGAUUUACUUACUGCGUUUUCCUAAAUGAUUUAUUUCACAGAAAUAUUAUUUAACAAUUCACAUAAAGAUCUUUUGUAGGGAAAUUUCAACUUGUAUCACAACAGACUCUAUUUGUGCAAACCUACUAGGGAGCCGUUUUGAUGGGGGUCACAUAACCUACAACCCUUCCUUUCAUUGAUGUCCUUGUAAAACACUCAAAACACACAAUGCCUCAUCCCUGUUCGUUCCGGGGUCACUGUUACGAGCACAUCCCAUUUGUGUUAACUGAAUACCCUCAUGUUCCUUGUAUGUAGUGGGCCACCCUGAAAGCCAUUACUGAAACCCUGGUCAGCGAGCAGGCUAGUGUUACUGUUACCCUUUGCAACAGGGGGUCGCUCUGACCCUGAGGUCUCAAGACAGAACUCCAUUGACACAUGCAAGUAAUGGGUGCAAAUGUUGGAGGGAUUUAUUUUUCUUCUUCUUAUUAUUAUUGAUAAUAUAUUUUAACUAAGACAGCAUUUCAUGCUUUUGGAUUUUUGAAGUCAAUGAUCUGUAUGUGUGAUAUGUACAGAAGAAAAAAUAAUUGUAUAGAUCGAUGCUUCUGGAUGGGAUAUUUGUCUACUUUUUCACCAAGUUCAAUUAAAUAAAAACACUCUCCAACCAGAAA